AUGGGGGAAAAUACCGUGGCUCAGAGACCUAGAAAGUCCACCAUCUCUAAGAUAGGCCGUCUGUUUGGAGUGGACCAUAAGGAGACUCCCUCCGACUCGUCCUCGCCUCUGCAGCAUGCCAGUUCUAGCAACAGUUCCACCACCUCGCUGGUUCUUGAUGUCAAAUCGAGAUCGCCUCGAGAAUCGCCGCUGUUGAGGCCCUCGACCCCAACUGGAUCUGCGAAGCCAUCAAGGCAGCCUUCCUUUAGAAAGCCCAACGGCAAUGCUGCCUCAGCCGAGAGAAAGCCUUCGCCUUCUACGACCAAUAUAGCUGCCAUGAACCUGCUCAGUUUGAAGGGUUCUCCGGCCAUAAAUGGCAUCCAGGCUCCUUCGCAUGUGCCCUCUCUGCACAUAGAUACCCCAUCACAGUCCACAGCAUCGCUCUCAAGAUCAAGCUCAGUGAUCUCCACUAACAAGAUGGGCAGUCCGGUGAUGCAACUGCGGUUUUUGAUGAAAGAAGAUGGCUCCCACGAGCACCAUCUUAAGCACGCAAAGAGACAGGAAAAGCUGGGGAACAUGCUGAAGGACCUCUUGGGAGCCAAGAAAUUGCGGAGUGAGGCCAUUUCAGCUGUUCCUAAUCUCCUCUCUUCUGUUAUCCCCGAGGAAGGAGGGACCCCGGUCCAUAAGCCCCCAACUUUGAUCUCUGGUCUGAUCGGUCAGGUCAAAAGAGGUGAUAUCACGGCUUAUCCUAAUGGACAGCCCGUCUUCCUAACUCAGGUAGCUGCUCCUGAUAUGACGACACUGCAGAGUACGUCUUCAGACUCGCGCUCGUUCGUGGACAAGUACGGAAGGUGUCAGGAAGUGAUUGGGCGUGGUGCCUUCGGCGUGGUAAGAAUAUCCCACAAGAAGAUACAAGGAACUGAGAAGCUAUAUGCUGUGAAGGAGUUCAGAAGAAAGCCCCAGGAAACCGACAAGAAGUACUCGCGGAGACUCACUUCAGAGUUCUGCAUCUCCUCGUCGCUGCAGCACGUGAACAUCAUCCAUACUUUGGACCUUUUGCAGGACGCAAAGGGCGAUUACUGUGAAGUGAUGGAGUUCUGUGAAGGAGGUGAUCUGUAUUCCUUGAUCAUUGCCAGCGGGAAGCUCGAAUAUGCGGAAGCAGACUGCUUUUUCAAGCAGAUUCUGAGAGGUGUCAACUACAUGCACGAGAUGGGAGUUGCACACAGGGAUUUGAAACCAGAAAACAUUUUGCUGACAUCCAGCGGAAACAUCAAGAUCACAGAUUUCGGUAACGGUGAAUGUUUCAAGAUGGCCUGGGAAGAUGAUAUUCAGCUCAGUGGAGGCAUAUGUGGAUCGUCCCCUUAUAUCGCGCCUGAGGAGUACACCACGCCUCAGUUUGACCCCAGACCAGUGGAUGUCUGGGCCUGUGGUGUGAUUUACAUGGCAAUGCGUACAGGAAGACAAUUGUGGAAGCUCGCCAAUGUUGAAGACGAGUUUUAUGCAGGUUAUCUGCAGAAGCGCAAGGACGCUAAGGGCUACGAACCAAUCGAGCUUUUGAAGAGAGCGCGGUGUAGAAACGUGAUAUACUCGAUUUUGGAUCCAGUUCCAGCGAGAAGAAUCACAGCGCUGCAAAUUCUGAACAGCGAGUGGGUGAGGGAGAUUAAGGUGUGUGAGUCUGGUGAGGCUGGAAAGGAGUUGGAGUGA